GCAGCAGGAGGAGGGUUCUCGUUCCACGUCAAUCCGCUAGUAUCCCCGCCUGGCCCGAGAGUGGGCUGGGGAAACUCCGAACUUUUUUCCCGUCUCCCUUUUGCUACGUGGUGUCCGGUUGUGCUGCCUGCAAGCCAGGAAGGAUGUGGAGCCGCCGGCUGCUCUUGGCCGCGCUCUGCCUGCUGGUGACCGGGGGAGCGCGGGCUCAGUACGACCGCUACAGUUUCAGGAGUUUCCCGCGCGACGAGCUGAUGCCCUUGGAGUCCGCCUACCGCUACGGCCUGGACCAGUACAGCAACGAGAACUGGCCCGAGAGCGUCAGCUACCUGGAAGUGAGCCUGAGGCUCUACCGUCUCCUGCGGGACAGCGAGGCCUUCUGCCACCUCAACUGCAGCUCCGCCCGCAUGGAGGAGGUCGCCGGCUCAGACAGCGAGCGACUUCUGCCGCCCGACCGCUUCGAGGGCUUCCCAGAGCUGCUUUAUUUCGGGGACAUGCUGCGCCGAGCGCAGUGCCUCAAGCGCUGCAAGCAAGGGUUGCCGGCCUUCCGCCAGUCUCAGCCCAGCCGGGAAGUGCUCGACGAAUUCCAGCGCCUCGAGCCCUACAAGUUCCUGCAGUUCGCCUACUUCAAGGCAAAUAAUCUUCCAAAAGCAAUUGCAGCAGCGCACACAUUUCUUCUGAAACAUCCUGAUGAUGAGAUGAUGAAAAGGAAUAUGGCAUAUUACAAAAGCAUGCCUGAUGCUGAAGAGCAUAUUAAAGAUUUAGAAACAAAAUUAUAUGAGACCCUAUUUGUCAGGGCAGUGAGAGCAUACAAUGGAGAAAACUGGAGGACUUCCAUCACAGACAUGGAGCUGGCACUUCCUGAUUUCUUCAAAUCCUAUGAAGAUUGCUUAGCCGCCUGUGAAGGCUCCCGGGAGAUCACUGAUUUUAAGGAGUUCUAUCUCUCCAUAGCAGAUCACUACAUCGAAGUUCUUGAAUGCAAACUAAAGUGUGAAACUGAUCUAACACCUGUCAUAGGAGGCUACGUAGUGGAGAAAUUUGUGGCAACUAUGUACCAUUACUUGCAAUUUGCCUAUUAUAAGUUGAAUGAUUUGAAGAAUGCAGCACCGUGUGUUGCUAGCUACAUGCUCUUUGACCAGAAAGAUGAAGUUAUGAAACAGAAUCUGGUCUAUUAUCAGUAUCAUAAAGACAAAUGGGGACUUACAGAUGAAGACUUCCAGCCUAGACCGGAAGCAGUUCGGUAUUACAACAUCACCACACUUCAGAAGGAAAUGUAUGAGUUUGCUAAAGAGCAUGUUAUGGAUGAUGAUGAAGGUGAAGUAGUAGAAUACCUUGAUGAACUCCUGGAGGUGGAUGGUGGAGCACAAUAAUUCUUAACAACUUAAAAAACAUGACCUUCAAGAAGUGAAUAUUCACCUUUGUUCCUUCACAUCCACAUUCAUCAUGUUUAGCUCAGGUGCUAGAAAUACCUCACAUCUUUAUCCAAACUUGCUUUAAUGUCACCUGUAUCAUCCCGUGAGUUCUCCAUUAUGCCCCAUGUUUUCCUUUUUCUUUAAGGAGGUGGUUUUUUGGUGUUUUUUUAAAUCUAACUAUUGACAGUGUUGAGCAUUCACCAACUUCCUGUAUUUAAUACUGCUCAGCAAAUGCGUCAUGGCUCAAGUGAUGUAGCAAUGUGGUUGUCAUAUAACAUAAAGCAAAUUAGGAGAGACACAGGUGUCCCCUGCACAUUUUAUGAAGAAUUGUUGUUUUAUACAUCACAUUUUUUUUUGUUCUGACAAAUUGACACUUAAACUGUGAGCACUUACUCUGAAGUAAUUAAACUGGCAUUGAUGAUAUAUCACUGGAGAAAACAGCUUGAGGAUUUUGGCCUAAUGCAUCUAAAGGAUGCCAAUAAAUCAAGCUGAGCCAUCCCUUAAGUACAUUUUUCAUUUUAACAUUCUUAAUUGAGGCCUCAGUUACAUGUCUAUGUGGUAAGAUAGUAGAACUGAUGGAUUUGAGGGCUUGAGUAGAUUUUUAAAAAGAAUUUCUACAUCCACUGAUGUAAAUAAUACAAUGGGGCUAAAUUCUAGAAAAGUAGCCAUGUCAGAGUUAACUUAGAUGUUUACUUUCUCUUGGAAAAGCUUGUUUUUUGUUCUCUGUUUCUGAUAUAAUUUCCAAAGUAUGGAUUUAGGUGUUUUGCCCAUGGCAAGUGACUACAUAACUGCCUUAUCCUGAGUCAGACCAUUGGUCCAUCUAAAUCAGUUUUGUCUGCAAUGACCAUGAUUCAAGCACCAUGAAUUGUGUUUGGAGAUUAAUAAUUAAGAAUAAUUAACAUGGAAUUGUGCUUCAGACAUUCCAUGACAUUAGGCAUCAGUUAACGUUCCACUUGGAUAUAAUCUCAACCCCUCACCCCGCCUUGGGAAGCUAGCAAUAUGGAGUGCCCAGCAUGUUGAUCUUUGUUCAAUGUGUGGACUUGUGAGAGAUCAGUACAGGGGAAAGCACCCUGUCUUUCACAGGUCAGCUAUUUAGAAACACUGGCCUAUAUUCAGAAUAAGAAAUUUUGUGGGGGGGAAACUUCUGUGCAUGUGCAGAGAGGAAGAAGGAUUUUCUGCGGGAAACCCUCCCCACCUUGGUUUUCCUCUGGAGCUUCCUGUGUCUCCCAAAAAUAUGUCCCUGAGGAUCCUCCAACACCCAGGGACAUAUUUUUAGGAGGCACAAGCAGCUACAGAGGAAAGGGGGCAUUUACUGAAAAUCACCCCUCCCUUUUGUACACACAUUGAAGUGUUCCCCACACACAACUCUUAAUUUAAAUGUAGGCAAUUGCAUCCGGCCCCAGAAUAAACACUGUCUGGAUAUGCUGAUUGUGGCAUGAGCAACUUCCUUUAUGAUUUAGUCCUGUAAACAAUUCCUCACAUGCAUGAUUAUUUAUCUCAUUUAAAUAUUUCCAUUUAUUUGAAUUCUUAUUGAGAAAGUAAUGGAAAUUGCUUAUCAUUAGGGGACCAAAUUCUGUACUUGAGGACACUAGUGCAAAUAAUUGGUUUGGGAAGAGUUAUCUAGGCAUGCUUACCUUCAGAGACAACAAAAUAUGACAGACUCUUUUCUCCCUUGAUUCUUCAAUGUGGAACAUAUGUUACAGACUUAACCUUAUAAUUCUUAUGGUACAAACACUUAUUUAUUGUAAUUUUGUGUGUGAAUUUAAUUGGUUUAAAUUGAAUGCAUAUGCAGUUUGUUAUACUACUAGCUUACAUUUCACACUAGGCUGCCAACCUUUUAAAAUACUGGCUUCCAGUUUACUGGACUGGACUGUCCUUUAACAAUAGCUUGAUCUACAGAUGGAGGAGAUGAUAAUGCUCAUAUUCAUGCUGUGAAAAACUUCACCUGCUGGCUUCUAUAGAUCAAGCUGAAGUUAAAUAACAAAAUGCAGGAGCAGGCCGACCCCUUUUUUCUGGUCAGUUGGCAAACCUGUCAGUUCCUUUUACUAUGACUACGAAUAUUUAUAUACCGCUCUUCAACCAAAAUUCUCAAAGCAGUUUACGUAGAAAAAUAAAUAAUACAUAAAUAAGAUGGUCCCCAGUCCUCAAAGGGCUCACAAUCUAAAAAGAAACAUAAGGCAGAUAUCAGCAACAGCCAAUGGAAGGAUGCUGUGCUGGGGUUGGAUAGGGACAGUUGCUUUCCCCCUGCUAAAUUUAAUAGAAUCACCACUUUAAAAAGUGUCUCUUUGCUCCGUUAGCAGGGGUUCCUCAUAGUGGAGUACUCUGUUCCAGUAGUAGGAACUUUAUUUUUUGCCCAUUCCCAUUCCUUCCUCUGUGUUGCAGUGCCUAUUCAGCAAACAUUUGCACCCCUAUCAGCGCCAUUGAUUUCUAAACAGCUAUUUAUUUUAUUUUUCAGGUGUUUCUUAUAACACCUGAAAUAGAUAUGCUAGAAAAGAAAUGGGGUGGGGUGAAUCUGCAACCAAGCACUAAGCCCAUUCACAUGACCAGGUGGGUGGGCAGGGACCAACCUAACUUUCCCCUCACCCCCCAGCUAUCCCACAAUCCACCAUGCUAUGAUCACAGUUCAUUGGAGGAUACCGCCGUGAGAUGGGUGCUCUAGGCGCCCGUCUUUGUGUGUGCUUGGGCAAUAGAGUUAACUAAGAUACAGUUUCUUUCAUAGGAGCUGGUAAAAUCAUCAUUUCCAUUAACUAUGCUUCAAAGACUACUUUUGUUAAAGCAGCGCCAACUCUGAUUUUUGAGCAGACUUUUUUAAGCUAGAGUGCAGGCUGCCUGACAGAAGUGCUUCUUGUUUCUUUGUGUUCACUGUAGGAUUAAGUACUUAGCCCACACAGCAGUCAAACUCCCAUCUCUAGUUACUAUCCUAAACCUUACUGCAUUAGUAAAUGCAUGUAGGAUUUUGUGUGCAUUGACUGCUAAUAGAGUUCCCAAUGGUUUUCUGAUACAAACCCUUUGCCUUUAGUAGCUACAAAAAUCAUCAAGGAAAGCUUUUCCUGGCAUGUAAAUGUAGUGAAGGGGGAAAGCUUCUACUCAUAACAUGACAAUUUAAGUCAAAAGCAUUUUAACAACCACCACCACCCAAUUGGGAACCUUCCCUGCUGCACCAGUGCAACUUCAAACUAAUUCUUGCCGGAAGAUAUAACGCACUACUAUUUGGGAUUCUGCUGUCCUUUUUUGCAUUCGGAGAAGAGCCACUGGGUUCCCUAAGGGUUUAAAGACUUGUUCUCACUUUGGUUUUCAUUUCAAAAUGUGUUUUCUGAAUGUGUGAUUGAUCAGGAGAGAUGGUACUAUGCCUGUCACUUGUUAUGUUUAUUAAUUCUGUUCCUGGCUCUCUCUCAUCCUGUUGCUUCAUUUCAUCCUUAAUCUAGAGACUGUGAGUUGUCUAAAGCAGGAAUGGCUUCCUAUUUUGUUUUUUGUCAGAAUUCAUUGGGAGUUUGGUGCUAUAUUUUGUGCCCGAUUCUGAUAUGGGCACCUCCAAAUGCCACUGUCUGAAACAAUAAAGUGCCUUUUUUAGUUCAACAGUUA